UCCAUUUCUUUCUUUCCUCCCUUGCUUCUCUCGUUCUCUUCUUUCCUUCUGGUGUGCUCUCUUUGGCUCGUGUACAACGGCUGCAGAGGGCAGCGCCCCUUGCAGCAGCGGCCAGCGGCGGCGCGGUUCGGCCGAGGUGGUGCGACGCGGGAAGCGGCGGCGACGGCGGGCGUCGGCGGCAAGGGCGGGCAAGGGCGGCGCGAUUAGGCGGAGCCAAGCGACGGCGAGUGGGCGGCCCGGCGACGGACGGCGCUGGGCGCGAAAGGCGGCACGGGCCGUUGCAAGGGUUGUGGUGGCUGUCGUUUGGUCUGUCCCAGGUCGGGGUUAAAAAGGUGACGGGCGGCGGCCCACAAUCGAAGGUCGGUUCGUCGAAUUUUUUUUUUGUGCUGUAAGAUUCGGUAUUACAGUCACCCAGUUGAGCCGGGGAACCCCAACCCACGUCUCCGGCCUCCCUUUCCCUCUCAAAAAGUUCCUCGCCUUAAAACGCCCGCCCAAAAAUGGCGGGCCUUGGCGGCGCCGCCUGGGACGCCUACGACGACGACGACGACGACGAUUGGGGCCUCAGCGCGGAGCAGUUGGACCAGAUCGAGCGGGACGCCAUCCGCCAGCUCGCCGAGCGGAAGACCUUCUCCCCCGCCGCCUCCACCGCCCCCGCCUCGCCGCUCCCCUCCCGCACCCCCGCGUCUACGGCAGCCGCAUCGUCGCCUCUCGGGAGUAACCACCCCGCUGCCAGGGCCUCCCUGGAGGCUCGCUUCGGCAAGGUAAAAUCGCUUUCUCCUUCAUGGCCGUGUGAACCAAACACAUUGAGAAAUGCAGUGAAUAAUAGCCAAUGCAGUCCACGUAAGAUAUCUAUACAUCUUUCCCUUCAUUCUAGCGGUGUAAUUGCAGCGAAGUUCCCAUACAACCAGUUACUCGUGGAUGCAUUUCAUCGGAUCCCGAAAGCUAUCUGGAAUGCGAAAGAAAGGGUAUGGAUGUUCCCUCCCCCAUCUUUACCGAUAGCAGAGGAGGUUCUUCACACAGUACCUGGAUUAGCUGUGGAGGUUCACAAGUUGGAUCCGCUAGUUCAGCGCGCUUUAGUUGCUGCUUUAGGCGUCAAAGAUCUCCGAGAUUUGUAUGACAGGAUUCCCACUGAUGUUGAGUCAAAGCUUAUGCCAUUUCAACGUGAAGGUGUUAGGUUUGUUUUACAGCAUGGUGGCAGAGCCCUGAUUGCAGAUGAAAUGGGCCUUGGGAAGACAUUACAGGCGAUUGCUGUUGCUUCUUGCUUUCAUGAUGCCUGGCCAGUUCUUGUAAUCUCUCCAUCUUCCUUGCGAUUACAUUGGGCUUCUAUGAUUCAGAAUUGGCUUAACAUCCCCAUGGAAGAUAUCUUGGUGGUAUUACCACAUACUGGAGGAUCAAGCAAGACAGGAUUCAGAUUGGUUUACUCAAACACUAAAGGAGAUUUUCGAUUGGAUGGAGUCUUUAACGUGAUAUCUUAUGAUGUAGUUCCGAAAAUACAGAGCACACUUCUGGACUUGGAUUUUAAGAUUGUCAUAGCUGAUGAAUCACAUUUCAUGAAGAAUGCCCAAGCGAAGAGAACAAUUUCUUCACUUCCUGUUCUGCAGAAAGCUCAAUAUGUCGUUUUGCUUAGUGGAACUCCUGCUUUGUCUCGCCCUAUUGAACUGUUUACUCAGCUCCAGGCAUUGUAUCCUACUGUGUACAAGAAUGUUAAUGAGUACGGCAAUAGAUAUUGCAAGGGUGGUUUUUUUGGGAUGUAUCAAGGUGCUAGCAAUCACGAGGAGCUGCAUAAUUUGAUGAAAGCAACUGUCAUGAUACGUAGGUUGAAGAAAGAUGUCCUUUCACAGUUGCCUGUUAAACGUAGACAACAGGUUUUCCUAGAUUUAAGUGAGAAAGAUGUGAAACAAGUCCGCGCUCUGUUUCAUGAGUUGGAGACUGUGAAGAUGAAAAUCCAGUGCUCUGACUCCCAGGAGAUGAUUGACUCUCUCAAAUUUUCUCAAAAAAAUCUUAUCACUAAGAUCUACACUGAUUCAGCCAAAGCCAAAAUUCCAGCUGUGUUGGAUUACCUGGGCACUAUAAUUGAGGCAGAUUGCAAGUUCUUAAUAUUUGCACAUCACCUAUCCAUGAUUGAUGCCAUUGAACAAUAUCUCUUGAAAAAGAAAGUGAAGUGUAUUAGAAUUGAUGGCCAGAUACCUGUCACUACAAGGCAAACCUUAGUCACUGAUUUCCAGAACAAGGAUGACAUCAGGGCAGCAGUGUUAUCCAUAAAAGCCGGAGGCUUCGGGUUAACUUUGACAGCAGCGAGUACAGUAAUCUUUGCUGAGUUAUCAUGGACUCCAGGUGACAUUAUUCAAGCUGAAGAUCGUGCCCACCGGAUCGGUCAGGUUUCAUCAGUAAACAUAUAUUACCUUCUCGCAAAUGACACCAUAGAUGAUCUCAUAUGGGACGCUGUUCAAGGCAAACUUGAGAAUUUGGGGCAGAUGCUGGACGGGCAGGAGAAGACACUGGGCGUCUCCGAUCCCAGGCCAAGCCCAUCGAAGCGGCAGAAGACGCUGGACUGCUACCUCAAGCGGUGCAGCACCUCCACGGAGGGUCAGCCCAGCACCAAGCACCCUCGGUUCUGACUUCUGAGGGGCGACGGGAUCGAGGCGUCAUUUUUGCGACCAAGAUCCCGGGCACAUGGCGUUGUUCUAGGCUUUUGUUUGGACUUCGGAGUGAUCCGGUUACCUAUCGUCGCCGUGCUUAGACGAUUACGGCGGACGGAAGCGGUGUCAGCGGUACCUCCGGCUUUGAUUGGCCGGGUGGCAGCCGUGUUAGCAGCACCGGCAGGUAUCGGUCGCUGCAUUGUUGUAUUUUCGGCUUUGUUUCCUGGUUGGCUGUAAAAAUGACAUCUUGAAUUCGCAUUAAGUCGAGGGUGAUGGUAAAGUGAAUUUAUCUGA